ACGGCGGUUCAAAAUCAUCGCUUAAAAAGGCCCCUUCUGAGGACGGCAGUUCAAAAUCAUCGCUUAAAAAGGCCCAUUCUGAGGACGGCAGUUCAAAAUCAUCGCUUAAAAGGGCCCAUUCUGAGGACCGCAGUUCAAAAUCAUCGCUUAAAAAGGCCCCUUCUGAGGACGGCAGUUCAAAAUCAUCGCUUAAAAGGGCCCAUUCUGAGGACCGCAGUUCAAAAUCAUCGCUUAAAAAGGCCCCUUCUGAGGACGGCAGUUCAAAAUCAUCGCUUAAAAGAGCCCAUUCUGAGGACCGCAGUUCAAAAUCAUCGCAGCAACAGGCACUCUGUCUCGACUCCGAUAAUUCCAUUUGCUCUAAAAGUCAGUCGGACACUAAGGAGAGUAAGGCUGCAAAAAGCCAAGUUGACUCUAAGCGUGACUCUUCUGGUAAAGGCAUCCUCACACCGAAGUUGAAUCAGUCCGCUGAUGAACAGAAGAAGAAGGAGAAUGGGGAGCUAAUCAAAAAAUCAAAAAUUCCGGGAGAGUUUUUGGACUCGGGCAAUUCUUCUUCUUCUGUCAUUCAUUCAGAGAUGGAUGUAAAAGGAGAGGAUGAUGAGACAGACUAUUCCAAGAGCCAAGAUGAAUCAGGACAUGAACCGGAUGAACCUGAUGGUAUUGAGGGUUCAGAAGCCAAACAUAAAGAGGAGGAAGAAGACUCGACUAAAACAGACUCAAGAGACAGCAGCGAGGAAACAGGGGAGAUGAUUCAGUCAGAAAAGUUCAAAAAGGCCCAUUCUCAAGAUCAAAAGAAAGAAUCAACACAGAAAAGGCUAUCUGGGAAGUUGGACUCUGCCAACUCUGACAGUUUUGUGGCGAUGGAUAGCAAAGGGAAGGAGGGGGAGGAGGAGACGGAGGAAACUAAGAGCCAAGAUGAAUCAGGGAACGAGUCCGUUGGCGAAGACGUCCACAGCUGUCCAGUGGAUAAGGUAAAUGAACACAUCCAGAGCAUUGCUGUUUCUCACUCAGGAGCUGAACAGUCCAAGAAACAAGAGAGGCCUGCCAAAACAACUGGGGACAAGACCCAUGUUUCAGACCUGAGCACUGAAUCAUCAAUGCAACGGUUUGUGGACUGCAGCGUUUGUGUGUGCCGUGACAGUAAGCACGUUAUGCAAGUCAAAGACGGGGUGGAUAAUUCGAAGAGCGAGGCUUCCAAGAGCAUGAAGGCUGCUGGGCACUCAGAAGCCAAACCAGACGAUGAGCCAAGUAAAACACCGACAGACUUUGCAGUGGCCAUCAGGGAUGGAGAUCCAGCAGAGGAGAUAACUGAGCUUGAAAUCCAGACUGAGGACCAGAGUCCCGAAUCACCACGGCAGGAGACUUCAGACCGGAUUUUGGACAUCAGUGAUUCAGUUUUUGAGACAGAGACCAGUAGUAAGAGCCUAGACGAAUCGGGGAACGACUCCUCUGUUGAAGAUGUCAACAGUGACAUAGUGGCUCAGGAGUUUCAGAACAGCCAGCGCAGUGAUACUGAUGUGCGCUCGCAAGGCAAACACAAAGAAGAGUUUCCCAAAGCUACUGCGGUAGCAAAAGAGCUAUUGUUGAGGGAAAAAAGGAUGCAUCCCCGCCAGGAGGAUUGGCCAGAGCACCUAUUGAGGGGGAAGCAAAAUAGAAUGAUUUUCUAUGAGAAACUGAGGACAGUUGAAGAGGAGGAGGCUGAGCGUUUUGAGAGGGAGAAGCAAAAGAGAAUAUUUCUGUAUGAGGAGAAACUUAGGAGAGAGGAAGCGGAGGAGGCAAAGCAAUUAUUGAGGGAGAAGGAGAAAAGAAUAAAGCUCCCACAGGAACUGCUGAAAAAGAAGGAAGAGGAGGCAAUGGAGCUGUUGGAAAGAGAGUUGGAGACAAAUUUACAUCUACGCAAGGAGAAGCUCUGUUUGGAUAUGGCUCAUUCAAAAAGGCCAAAAGAGAGUAGCACGCUCUUUUGCCAGAAGGAGCUGAAGAGAGAGGAAAGGGGGCCAAUGGGGCAGUUGAAAAGGGAAAACGAGAAGAUACUGUGUCAGCACCCGGACCAGAUAAGCGAAAAGGAGGAGAAGGAAAUGGAGCAAUUGAGGAAUGAGAAGGAGAUGCGAAUUAGGAGACAAAAGGAGGCGAUACGAAGAGAGGAAGAGAAGGAGGCACUGCAGUUAAUGAAGGACAAGGAGACAAGAAUACGGCGUCACCAGGAAGCACUAGAAAAGAAGGAAGAAGAGGAGAUGGCGCGACUAGAAAUUGAGAUGAAGAAAAGAACACAUCUCCACAAGGAGAAACUCCUUACGGAUUUCAAUCGCUUACAGAAUCAAAAAGAGUUAAGCACACACUUUGGCCAAGAGAUGAGAAACAAAGAGGAGGAAGCAGAGCAGGUAAAAUGGCAAAAGGAGAUGAAAAUGCAUCCCUGCCAGGAGGAAAACAUGAGGCAUGAUCACGAGAUAUGGAUUUGUCGACAAAAGGAGGAGCUGAUGAAAGAGGAAAAGGAGGAGGUGGCGCGAUUGAAGAGGGAGAAAGAGACAAGAAUCUGCAGACAAAGGGUAGAGCUGAGGAGAGAGGAAGAGGAAGAAGUGGAGCAAUUGAAGCGUGAGAAGGAAAUGAGACUUUAUGCCCGCCUGGAAGAACUCAGGAAAGGGGAGGAGGAGGAAGAGGAAUGGUUAAAGAAGGAAAUGGACAUGAGAAAAUGUUCCUUCCAGGAGAAGCUGAAUAGAGCACAAAGGGAGGCAGAGCAGUUAAUGAGGGAAAAGCAGAUGGAAAUGCAGUUCUGCCUCGAAGUGCUUAGGAAAGAGGAGGAGGAGGAAGCAGAGCAGCUGAGGAGGGAGAAGGAGAUAAGAAUAUGCCAACAAAAGGAGAAGUUCAUGAAAGAGGAACAGGAGCAGGUCGCACAAUUGAAGAAGGAGACUGAGAAAAAAAUUCGUCGCUGCCUCGACGAGCUGAGCAGGGUGGAAGAAGAGGAAGCAAGGCAAUUGAAGCGGGAGAAGGAGAUGAGAAUGCAGGUCUACCAGGAGAAGCUCCAGAGAGAGGAGGAGGACGAGGCACAGAUUUUGAAGAGGGAGAAGGGAGUUAGAUUCUCUGUAAGCCACGAGCAACAGUUGAGAGAAGAGGAGGAGGAGGAGGAAAAGUUGAAAGAGUACUUUGAAACUCGCAAUCGUCUCCUCGAAGAGGAGCUUCGCAGGGACAAAGAAAAGGCUGAGCAAAUGAAAAGGGAAAAGGCAAAGAUACACUUACAUCAACAAGAGGAACUAAAAAGACUUGAAGCGGAAAAAGAGCAAUUGGCCAGAGAGAAAUGGACACGACUGCACCAUGAGGAUCUGAGGAGAGAAGAAGAGGAGAAUGACCAGUUCAUGAGGGAAAAGAAUUUGAGAAAAUCUCUCCUAAUGGACCAACUUAGCAGAGAGGAAGAGGAGGAGGUCGCACGGCUAAGGAGGGGCAAAGAGAUGCGAAUGAGGCACUAUCAAGAGGUGCUGAUGAGAGAGGAAGAGGAUGAGUUAGAAUCUCUCAAGAGAAAACAAAAGACAAGAAUGUGUCUUCAUCAGGAGGAGCUUUUGAAAAGAGAGAAGGAGGCGAGAGCGUACCAGCGAAAGAAUGAGCUGAAGAGAGAGGAAGAGGAUGAGUUAGAAUCUCUCAAGAGAAAACAAAAGACAAGAAUGUGUCUUCAUCAGGAGGAGCUUUUGAAAAGAGAGAAGGAGGCGAGAGCGUACCAGCGAAAGAAUGAGCUGAAGAGAGAGGAAGAGGAUGAGUUAGAAUCUCUCAAGAGAAAACAAAAGACAAGAAUGUGUCUUCAUCAGGAGGAGCUUUUGAAAAGAGAGAAGGAGGCGAGAGCGUACCAGCGAAAGAAUGAGCUGAAGAGAGAGGAAGAGGAUGAGUUAGAAUCUCUCAAGAGAAAACAAAAGACAAGAAUGUGUCUUCAUCAGGAGGAGCUUUUGAAAAGAGAGAAGGAGGCGAGAGCGUACCAGCGAAAGAAUGAGCUGAAGAGAGAGGAAGAGGAUGAGUUAGAAUCUCUCAAGAGAAAACAAAAGACAAGAAUGUGUCUUCAUCAGGAGGAGCUUUUGAAAAGAGAGAAGGAGGCGAGAGCGUACCAGCGAAAGAAUGAGCUGAAGAGAGAGGAAGAGGAUGAGUUAGAAUCUCUCAAGAGAAAACAAAAGACAAGAAUGUGUCUUCAUCAGGAGGUGCUUAGAAGAGAAGAAGAAAAAGAAGUGGACCAGUUCGAGAGGGAAAGACAGAUAAGAAUGCAUUUAUGCCCAGAAGAUCUGAGAGGAGAAAAAGUGAAUGAGUUGGAGAAAUUAAGGAGGGAAAAGGCAAUGAGAACAACACAUCACCUCCAGAAGGGACCGCAGGAAGAGGAAAGGGAAAAUGCAGAGAGAAAAAAUCUUCAGUUUAGCCGCGAGGGGAAGGAGGCAGAGCGGUCAAAGGGGCAGAUGCAGCUCCACCUGGGGCAGCAGUGGAGGAAAGAGGAUAAGGCCGAACAAAUUCAGAGAGAGAAAGCGAAAUCAUGGCCUCGCAGGAAGGAGCACAGCACAAGGAAAGACGUGAAAGGGUUAUUUAGCAGGGAAACGGAGACACAAACAAUGCUGUGUGAAAAUGAACUGAGACGUGGCGAUGUGGAGGGAGAGCGCUUGAAGAGGAAGAGCAUGACAAUCUCAAACCUCCCAGAGUGGCUAAGAAAAGAGGAUGAGGCAGACAAAUUGAAGAGAGAGACAAAAUUGUGGCUUCGCCCGAAAGGGCAUGGCACAGAAGAAGAAGCAGGGGGGCAGUUUAUUAAGGACACGAGGAAAAAAAAGCUGCUUUAUGACGAGGAACCGAGAAGUGAGCAUCAGGGUGUAGUGGGCUUGAAGAGGGAGAUGAGAAUGUCGUUUCGAGAAGAGGUGCCAAGUAGAGAACAGGAUGAGUCAGAAAAAUGGAAUGCAGAGAAGACAAAAUCGUGGCCUCACAAGGAGCACAGCAUAAAGAAAGAAGCGAAAGGGCCGUUUGUGAGGGAAAUGGAGACACAAACGAUGGAUCAUGAAGAGCAACUGCAAAGUGAGGGUGAGGAGGUAGAUUGGUCAGAUCAGGAAAAGAUGAAAAUGUGGCAUCUCAAGGACGCGCUGAGAAGAGAAGAGGAUGAGGCAGAAAAUUCGGAGAGAGAGAUGACACAAUCAUGGCUCAGCCCGCAGUGUAGCACAGAGGAAGAAUCGCCAGGGCAGUUUAAGAGCGUAAUGGAGGCAAGACAAUCAUGGCCAAGCCAGGAGUGUAGCACAGAGGAAGAAGCGGAAGGGCAAUUUUCAAGGGGAAUGGAGGCAAGAAAAAUGCUCUUCGGAGAGGAGAGAGAGAUGACGCAAUCAUGGCCAAGCCAGGAGUGGAGCACAGAGGAAGAAGCGGAAGGGCCAUUUUCCAGGGUAAGGGAGGCAAGAAAAAUGCUCUAUGGACAGGAACUAAGAAGUGAUGAUAAGAUAGAAGGGUUCUUGAAGCGAGAGAGGAGAAUGUCUCUCGACCAGGAGGAGAUGAGGAGAGAACAGAAUGAGCUUGGAAAAUUGGAGGGAUGGAAGACAAAAUCAUGGCCUCGCAGGAAGGAGCACGGCAAAAGAGAAGAAGCAAAAGGGCUGUUCACGAGGGAACUGGACAUGCAAGCAAUUCUCACCAAAAAGGAACUGAAAAGUAAGGACGAUGAGGUAGACCGCUUAAAGGGGGAGAAGACCCUAACGUUGGUGCGCAAGGAGGAGCUGAGGAGAAAAGAGGAUGAGGCAGAAAAAUUGGAGCAAGAGAAGACAAAAGGCAAAGAGGAAAAGGUAAAAGGGCCGUUUAUAAGGCAAAUGGAGACACAAACAAUGCUCCGUAAAGAUCAACCGGGAAGAGAGGAUGAGCGGUUCAAGGCGCAGAGGCAGCUCCACCUGGAGGAGCUGAUGAGCAAAGAGCAGAGGGCAAAGCAAUUCGAGAGAGAGAAGGCGAAAUCAUGGCCUCGCAGGAAGGAGCAAAGCACAAAGAAAUACCUAACAGGACUAUUCAUGAGGGAAAUGGAGACACCAGCAAUGCUCCGGGACGAUAAACUGAGACGUGAGGAUGAGGACGGAGGCUGGUUGAGGCUGGGGAUGAGAACGUCGCUCAGCGAAGAUUUGAGGAGAGACGAGGAUGAGGCAUACGGUUUGGAGAGAGAGAGGACAAAAUCAUGGAUUUGCCAGAAGCCAUUAAGGAAAACGGAGUCCCAAAAAAUGCUCCAUGAAGAUGAAGUGAGGGAUGAGGAAGGGGACAUGUUGGGCUCCUCGGGAGAUGAUGAAUACACAAGAGAACGUCCCAGAGUGAAGGAUCGAACAUGUACCCAGCGGGAGGGCUCGAGGGGAAGGGCGGAGCAGCUACAAGGGGUCAUGUGGGAAAAGGAAAAACGUCUGCAACAGGAGCCAAGGAGUGAAGAUAACGACGAUGACGAAAAGGUGGAUUUUUUAAAAAGACAGAGAAGAAUUAGCCUUUUCGAUGAAGAACUGAGGAGAGAGGAAGAAGAGGAAGUGGAGCAGUUGCAAAGAGAAAGGGAUAAGAGGAUGCGCAAGUAUGAGGAGAAGCUCAGACGAGACGAAGAAAUUGAGGCAGACCGUUUAAAGAGGGCAAAGGAGCAGAGAAUACGUCGCCUCCAGGCAGAACUGAAGGUCGAGGAAGAGGAUGAGGCGGAGAGCUUAAAGAGGGACAAGGAGAAUCGAAUGAGGCUCCUCCGUGAGGAGAUGCAGAAAGAGGAAGAGGAGGAACGAUUCAAGUGGGAGAAUGAGAGAAGAACUCGGGUCCGCCAAGAAGAGCAGAGCAAGCAUGAAGGGGAGGAGCAGUUUAAGAAGGUUGAGGGGAAAAGAAAGAGUGUUUACUUCGAGAACCUGAGGAAAGAGGAAACGGAGAAGAGUGCACAGGAAACAACACGGAAGGGAAAAGACAAGACAAUCGGUCACCUCCAGGAGGAUCUUAUGCGAGAAGCCGAACUUCAGGUUCAGAGGGAUAAGGAAAGGAGAACACCGCAGAGCCAGGAAACGUCGAGGAAAGCGAAAGAUGAGGAGGUUGAGCGCUUCCAAAGGGAAAAGGGGAAGACAGUGCAUUACUCUCAAGAGGUAUUGAAACGAGCGGAAGAUGAGGAAGCAGAACAGUUGAAGACUGAAAAUGAAAAUCGAAUGGGUCGUCUCCAGGAUGAGCUAAAGAGAGAAACGGAGGAGUUGAUUGACAAAUUGAAGGCCGAGAAGCAGAAGAGAAUGCGGCUCCGACAAAUAGACAUCUGGGGAGAAGAGGAAGAGAGGAAACUGAAGACCGAGUACAAGGAAAGGCUCCGGGCUUUGCGGCAGUAUCUCCUGGUCAAGAGGAGAGAUGAGGAGACCCUGUUGAACAGAAUGUUUGAGGAGAAGGAGAGAUUAACAGAAUCAGCCUGGAUGGAGAGAAAUGACGAACAAUUUCAACUCAGGCAGGACCGGGAAGCUGCCAUAAGAGCGCUUUGCCUUGCGCUUGAAGAAGAACGGGAAGCCGAACAUGAUCGGCUGAAGACUCAAAGGAGGCAAUUCUUUGAGCGCCUCAAGGCGGAAUCAGAAGAGGAGCUCGAUACACUGCGAGCAAGACUCCAGAAAGGCAGGGAAGAGAAGGUGAAGUUUUCAACACCAGAGCAGGCACAUGAGAAGAGUUUUGAUCCGGGCUUCUACAACACUUUUUACACACUGAAUGGGGCAGUUCCGGACCCCAAAAAUGAGAUAUUUGGUGCUUUCAGACCACCUCCCCAGUGGAACAACACCACACAUUUCUCAGCGUACACACCGACUCUCGCAGCGCCUCGUCCCACGAAUACCACACCUACCUACACAGCCACGCAUCCCUCACUGAGUACUCCAGAGUCACUGCUCUGUCAUCCAAGAGCAACAGUGCCUGUGGACCCAUUCGUCACCACGUCCUUGGGAGAAACGUACCUAGCGAAUACUCCUAUUGGGUACUGUGAUCAGCUGAGCUUAAAUACAUUCAAUGAAAUCACGGUUUAUCGUUUCCAAAGACAAAAUGCCCAAUGGAGUCCUCCACUGCCCAUGUGAAUACAUUUGAUGCGUUCAAAAAUAAAGAGUUGAUGCAGUGUGUACAUUUUCAUCUACAAAACUCUGUUGCUGUAGAAUAUCAGUGUGAUGAGGCCACAAAUACCAAAUAAAUCCAGUUGCAACCUUGUUAGCACACCGUGGUCUACAUUUGGGAUAUUAAAGAUCCAUUCAUCAAGCUUAGUCAGGUCAUACAGUAUGUGACAUCAAAUAAAUUCUCGAAUAAAAAAAAAAAAAACAUGAUCCCUGUCAUGAAAC